AUGACACACCAACCUACAUCAACAUCAACAGCAUACAACCCUGCUCCUUCCACACUCUCAAACGAAUCCCAAGAAGAUGUCCCUCCUUCUAUAGUAGCUGCUGGAACUGCGCUUCCUUCAGCCCCUACCCAACCUGUAGAGCCUCAACAAGCCGCGACUGCGCCUGGAACUGGAGGAGUAGUGGAAGAUACAAGUGGGCAAGAGAAGAUAUCAUUUAAAGAUCAGGUCAAUGGGUACGCGAAGAAGUUCGCAGGAACAGUCUUCCGUAAUGAGGGCGAGAAGGACUUUGGGGAAAAGAAGUUGGAUGGUGAAGCUUAA